UAGUGUUUAUUUUUUAUGUCUGCAGGUGUGGCGUUGAAGCCGUGUGGCGAUGGCCCCGUGGUGGGCAUCGACCUGGGAACCACCUACUCCGUGGUGGCCAUCUACCGCAGGGGCAAGGUGGAAAUCUUCUCCAAUGACAACGGCAGCCGCGUCACUCCCAGUGUGGUGGGCUUCAUGGACGGCGAGUCCUUCGUCGGGGAGGCGGCCAAGGACCUGCCGGCCGACAGGCAGGUGUACGACGCCAAGCGGUUGAUCGGCAGGCCCUGGAAGGACGAGAAGGUGCAAACUUCACAACCAGACACUUAA